AAUCUUUCGGAUCUUUUACCAUCGGGAUCUUUCUGGCAGCAACGUGUGGCCUCUUCUACUAGCAGUUCAACUCCAUUCGAUUCGCCUUUUUAUUCGGCAACACAUGGCCUUUUGCAGACACACCCCUCUAAAAAUGUGAUCCAUUCCGUCUCUGCUUCAGUAGAUAGGAAUACCGUUGGGGCUCAAGUGUCAAACGUAGUUGGUAGUAAUCCAACCUUAACCGCAGGAAGCGGAUACCUGAAUUCUCGUGGAAGUCUACCCAUUUCGGCUCGUUAUCCCGCUAAUAAAAUCACUGGUACAGUGGUUGAACAUAAUCCGAAGUCUCCAUUUCGUCACUUAGAUUUCUCUACUAGUGCAACUGCCGAGCUUCGUCGAAAUCCAGCACUAUCUGCUCCUGAUGAAUGCGCACGUGCUUGUCGCGAAAACGAGCCUCCAAGAAUAUGCUACUAUCAUUUUACUUUGGAAUACUACACAGUGCUGGGCGCUGCAUGCCAAGUGUGUACUCCGAAUGCAACUAAUACGGUUUGGAGUCAUUGCCAAUGUGUCUUAGCUGACGGAGUUGAACGCGGAAUUCUGACUGCAAAUCGUAUGAUACCCGGUCCUAGUAUUCAAGUAUGUGAAAAUGAUAAGGUUGUUAUUGACGUGGAGAACCACAUGGAGGGAAUGGAAGUAACUAUACAUUGGCACGGUAUAUGGCAACGUGGGUCACAGUAUUACGAUGGGGUUCCCUUUGUCACCCAAUGUCCCAUUCAACAAGGUAAUACCUUCCGUUAUCAAUGGACGGGUAACGCAGGAACGCACUUUUGGCACGCUCAUACUGGUCUUCAGAAACUAGAUGGACUUUACGGCAGCAUCGUCGUUCGCCAACCACCUUCAAGGGACCCGAACUCUCACCUAUAUGAUUUCGAUUUAACGACCCAUAUAAUGCUUAUCAGUGACUGGUUGCAUGAAGACGCUGCGGAGCGGUAUCCUGGACGUUUAGCUGUUAACACAGGCCAAGAUCCAGAAUCCAUGUUAAUCAACGGCAAAGGCCAGUUUCGAGACCCAAACACUGGUUUCAUGACUAAUACUCCGUUGGAAAUAUUUACAAUUACACCAGGACGUCGUUACCGUUUUCGGAUGAUCAAUGCAUUUGCUUCAGUCUGUCCAGCACAAGUGACGAUUGAGGGCCACGGCAUGACGGUGAUAGCCACUGAUGGAGAGCCAGUUCAUCCUGUGGAUGUUAACACAAUUAUUUCAUUUUCAGGUGAGCGUUACGACUUUGUAAUAAGCGCCGAUCAGCCUGUCGGAGCCUAUUGGAUUCAGCUUCGUGGACUUGGUGAGUGUGGUAUUCGUCGAGCUCAGCAACUGGCUAUUCUUCGAUACGCCCGUGGAUCAUAUCAGCCUGCCUCUUUGCCGCCAACCUACGAUGUUGGAAUACCCCAGGGUGUGGUCAUGAACCCUUUAGACGCUCAAUGCAAUCGUGAUCGAAACGAUGCCAUAUGCGUAAGCCAACUAAAAAACGCCCUUGAAAUUGAUCGUGGUAUAUUAGCAGAGAAGCCAGACGUAAAGAUAUUUUUACCAUUCCGCUUCUUCGUUUACCGAGCUGAAGAUCUUUUUCAGCCAAACACAUAUAACAGAUUUUUGGUGGCACCCACCGGAGAUCAUGUGAUUUCACUUAUCGACGAAAUUUCGUACUUAUCAGCACCAGCACCACUGACAUCUCAGUAUAAUGAUAUAAACCCUGAACAAUUUUGUAACGGAGACAAUCGACCGGCGGAUUGUGGACCAAAUUGCAUGUGCACUCAUAAGAUUGACAUUCCACUUAACGCUAUUGUCGAAGUAGUUUUGGUAGACGAAGUUCAACAACCAAACUUGUCUCACCCAUUCCAUUUGCACGGAUACGGGUUUAGCGUCAUUGGUAUUGGUCGAUCUCCAGAUUCAUCAGUAAAGAAAAUUAAUUUAAAGCAUGCAUUGGACCUGGACAGGCGCGGACUCUUACACCGUCAAUAUACUUUGCCACCGACUAAGGAUACAAUUGCAGUACCGAACAACGGCUAUGUUGUGUUGCGUUUCAGGGCUGACAAUCCUGGCUUCUGGCUCUUCCACUGUCAUUUUCUCUUCCACAUUGUUAUUGGAAUGAAUUUGAUUUUGCAGGUCGGCAGUAACGCUGAUCUGCCACCCGUGCCACCAGGUUUUCCAACAUGUGGCGACCACACUCCACCUAUUCCAAUUCUACGAACGGAUUUGUUCCUUCGUUUAAAAGCAUAUAAUGAUUCUUACACAGUACCGUAUUCACAGAUUCUCAACCCUUUGGAUGCCAUUUGUGAUCGUAAACGGCCUGAUGCGGUUUGCGUAUCAAAUUUAAAGAAUGCGAAAAAAGUUGACAAAGGCGUUUUGGUUGAACGCCCUGACGUAAAAAUAUUUUUACCUUUCAGAUUUUUUGUGUACGAUCCAAAAACUUUAUUCGUACCAAAUACAUACAACCGAUUUUUAGUUGUGCCUAGUGGGGAUCAUCUGACAUCUUUGGUCGAUGAAAUAUCCUACAUAUCACCACCGGCACCACCACUUUCACAAAUUGAUGACAUUCCACCCGAAUACUUCUGCAACGGGGACAGUCGACCUCCAAACUGUGGACCAAAUUGUGAAUGUACACACAUGGUUGAUAUACCACUUGGAGCUAUUGUGGAAGUAGUAUUGGUCGAUGAAGUGCAGCAAGUAAAUCUUAGUCAUCCAUUUCAUUUACAUGGUACUGCGUUUUAUGUGGUAGGACUAGGGCGUUCACCCGAUAAGUCAAUAAAAAAAAUAAACCUAAAGCAUGCUUUGGAGUUGGACCAAAUGGGCAUGCUAGAACGAGAUUUUUCAAAGCCGCCUCUUAAAGAUACAAUUGCUGUACCUAACAAUGGAUAUGUUGUUAUGCGAUUUCGCGCAGAUAAUCCAGGUUAUUGGCUUUUCCAUUGUCACUUCCUGUUUCAUAUUGUCAUUGGCAUGAACCUGAUCUUUCAUAUCGGAACCUCAGCUGAUCUACCACCAAUUCCGCCACAAUUUCCUAAAUGCGGCGACCACGUACCGCCCGUUACUUGCAACCAUUUUCAAUUUGUAGUCGCUUCAGACGCUGAUCAUCUCAUAUCACUUAUCGAUGAGGUUUCGUACGUAUCUCCACCUUCCCCGAUGCUGUCUCAAUAUAAUGAUAUACCCCAAGACUUAUACUGUAAUGGAGAUAACCGUCCAAUAGAUUGUGGAGAAAACUGUCAGUGUACUCAUAAAAUCGAUAUACCUCUGAACGCAAUUGUCGAAGUCGUGCUUGUGGAUGAAGUUCAGCAGGUUAAUAUAAGCCACCCUUUUCAUUUGCACGGUACCUCCUUUUAUGUGUUAGGUCUUGGUCGCUCUCCGGAUACUCAUAUAAAGCGUAUGAAUCUAAAGCAUGCUCUGGACCUUGACCAAAGGGGAUUGUUAGAAAGACAAUAUUUAAAGCCUUCUUUAAAGGAUACCGUUGCUGUACCAAAUAACGGAUAUGCUAUUUUACGCUUUCGAGCGGAUAAUCCUGGAUUUUGGCUUUUUCAUUGUCAUUUCCAAUACCAUAUUGUAAUAGGCAUGAAUUUGGUUUUUAAAGUAGGUACUUUUAAAGACUUGCCUCCUGUGCCACCAAAUUUUCCACGCUGCGGAAAUCAUUUGCCGCCCUUAAUUUAACAAGACUUAUCUGAC